AUGUCUGCUGCAUCGCCGGAGUUCUACCAGCCGUGCGCGCCGCCCGCCUACUCGCCGGGACGCCUGCGCGUUGCCGCCACGGAACCGUCUGCAAACGGCGACGACUACCGCUGCCGGACGCCGACCGGGGUCAGCUAUCUGGGGGAACCAGUCAGCUGCCCGCCGGCGCCCAUGAAGCCGCGGGAGCCGCCAGCCUCCACAUGCAGGAGGCGGCUCUUCGACGUCAAGGUCAUCAGCCUGCGCUUCGACGACCUCCAGGCCAUCGAUCGGCCCUCGCCGCCGCCG